AUGGAAAGAGAGGAUACUGAGCCAGAAUGGUCAGAAAUGUGUAGGAUCAUUAGAAGAAAGGACGACGAAGUCGAACGUCGUGAAGUUGUUACAAGCAAACUAGAGAAAGCCAAAUCUGGUGUUAACGAUGAGGGUAAAGGAUACGACAACCUCAUUAGACCACUCAGGGAUAGUUUGGUUCUAUUCAGAGAACAGACCAUCUAUCAAAAAGCAAUAUUCAUAUGCAAUUAUUUGUCGCUCGGAAUUGGUAUCGAAUUCAACGAAAAGAUCAAUAAAAGUUAUGGAAAGGGUGAGAUAGAAGAGACGGAUAUUGACGAAUGGUUUAGCGUGUUAGAAAGAAUUGUAGAAAGCUUCAAGAAAAAAGCAGAAUUCAUUAGGAAAAGAGCUCCCAAACAAUUUAAGUCAUCGCAGAGUGAAUCGGCCACAGAGACUAAGGAGUUCAAGAAGAGCGAAAGGCAUAAAUGCUUUAACUGCCAAGAAGAAGGACAUAGAAGUGCCCAGUGCCCCAAAGGUAAAGGAGGUAAACCUCAAUAA